CACACCCUAAUUUUCAACCAACUUCACACUUUCUAGGCUGCAGUUUCUCAGGCCUGCGUCUAAGGCAUCAUCGCAAUGCCAUCAAAUCUCCUUACACCUUUUCUUGAGCUGAAUGAUGAAUUUUGCAAGACUUUUCAGAGUCUAGAAGUGCAGGAUGGGUCACAGCACGCCAUUGGUUUCCAGCGCAGACAUUCCCUGUGCCCGGUCACACUUCCCAACUCUAAAUUCAACAUCGGAGGAGGAGUCAUAGACCCUACAGAUGACCUCUGGUCUCUCACGACCAUUAGCAACCAGCCAUGGAGCCGGGAGCAGCUGCCACGCUCUGCUCUACAGCGUAUCCCAUUUUGGGCUGACCGCUCCGUGAGUAUGAUUGAAGGACACAUGAGUAGCGAGUCCACCCUACCACCUCCACCAGGCCUGAGUGCCUCGCCACCAGGCCUGAGCAUCUCUCCACCCUCCCCAAGAGUGACACCGGUGCCUGCCGUGUCUGCACGCUACAAAACCGAACUCUGCCGUACCUAUGAGGAGAGUGGCGCAUGCAAGUAUGGUGCCAAGUGCCAGUUUGCACAUGGUGCAGAGGAGCUGCGAGGUCUGAAUAGGCACCCCAAGUACAAAACCGAGCCGUGCCGCACCUUCCACACUGUGGGCUUUUGUCCAUAUGGUGCACGCUGUCACUUCAUCCACAACGCAGAUGAGCAGCAGCAACAGCGGCAGGCCACGAGUACCACCAGGGAGCGUCCACGCCUGUUGCGGCAGAGUGUCAGCUUUGCUGGUUUUUCUUCCCGAGCCACCAUGGCCGCUUUCCAGGCCAUGCCAGACCCGCUGGCUUUCACCAGAGCGGCUUCUGUGUCUCCUCCACCAUUGUCUUCCUUUUCAUGCAGCCCUGACCUCUCUUCUCCACCACUGCUGCCAGAGCAUGGAGCCUUGAAGCAUGGCUUCGGGUUCACAGCAGAUAUUGCGCUCAGUGAUCAGAUUGCAGCUCUGCAGCGCAGCAUGUCUGCAGACUCACUCUCUGAUCAUGAUGGCUACUCAAGCUCCGGGAGCCUAAGUGGCUGCGACUCUCCUGGUGUAGAAGGAUGCAGGCGCCUGCCCAUCUUCAGCCGCCUGUCUGUCUCAGACGAUUAAUUAACGAUAUGUGCAUAUUGCAUAUUCAAUUUGAUUUGUAAUAGAUUUUUUUAAACUUCCUUAUCUGAUGCAUCAAAAGUUUACACAGAAAAGUCCAUAGUUUUGAAUUAACACCUUUGACCAUCGCACAUUAUUUCAAAGAAAAACCUGGAAUUCAUGUCAUGCUAUCGCACAUGAAUAUAGAGUUCAUUUAUUACCAUGUGACCUGAUCUGAACCAUAAGGGUGUUAAUCUAACACUGGCUUUUUGCUGUGUGCCAAUGUAUACUGUUGUAUACCAGUUGAAACUGUACUGGGUAUUUCACUCAAGAUUCACACACUUUUGGGUUUCCUAGAUGCCAGGAAAAGUUCUGAGAACCUUUCUGUACCUGUUAUGUUUAGAAAGUGUAAAGAACUAAGCAAUAAGCAUGUUCCACUACAUGCACACAUCUGUGGUUUAACCAAAGCUGAGCAACUUUAGUCUAUAUUUAGCCAUAGGCCGACCCCUAACCUUGAACCCAGACGUGUACUGUAAACAAAGUGUAGCCUUUAGUGAAGGCAUUUUAUAAAUUGAUAGUUUUACAGAGUAGUUUGAACUAGUUUCUUGUCUAAGAUUCUAUUUAUUGCCCAUUUUAUACUUUUGUGUUUGCAUUUUGAUAUUUUUAUGCAUUGUUUCAUAGUGAACACAUCUCUUGAGUUUGCUUUGUUUGAGUUAUUUCCCAGCUUUAAGUGAGACCAGCAGUACAGACUCUGAAUGUAGAAAUCUCAGGAUCAUCAGUGAUAAAACUCCACCACUUUUCUUUUAUUAUGCUUCUCUUAUGCUCACAGAGAUCAGUAUUUGGGCUCAAUCAUUACAAACAAGUGUGAGUGUGUACAUGUGUGUAAGUGGCAGUGUGACAAUGUAUCAGGAAAAAGUGUUCCACCAUCUUAGUCUCUUGCACUGUCAAUCUGUAUUCUAGAGACAAAAGAUGUAAUGUUCUUUGCAAUAUAUACAUGUAGGAGAAAAGUGGAUUUUCUGACUUUGAAUAAAAGCUUACAAUGUAGUCAAUCCUUUUUAAAAAGAAAA